UCGUGUCGGUUGGAGAUCGCUCGAGUUUCUCGUUUUGCUUUCUGUGGGGAAAAGUCUUAUGCCAAGCCAAACAGCAGUGAAAUAAAUCUUGUGUGAUCCAAAAAUAACGCCCAGAAAAUAUCUGCAAAGGGGACACAAACAGAGCGCGUGCCAAGUGCUCGAGUGAAAAUGUUUACGCGCAGAAGGCACCGAAGUUAAUCAGUUCGAAAAAGAAAAGUCUUUGCCGAGUGAUUUAUUUCAAGUGUGUAGCAAUCGUUACUGAAUGAAAGAAAAUAAUCGAAGGCAUCUUCGAUUUAUUUGUGCGAAACCACAGAAAGUGACAAACGAAAAUACCGCCUGUGCCAAAAUUGUUUUGCGCAUCUUUCGGCCAGAUCAAAGAUACAACAAAUCAAGCACAACUUGACGAAACUUUUGUUGCAAAUGAAAUUAAAUACGGAAAAGAACUGGACAAAGGAGCAUGCUAAAUUCUGCAAGUAAAUAAACUGUCGAAACUAUUUAAGGCGCUCAAAGAAAAUCCAUGUAAAUACGGAGUCCGGAAAAUGUGAGCCAUUCGGUUGGACGCAACAAAGAAGGAAAACAGCGAAAAACCCGAGGAAAAAGCACAAUUAACCAAAAAGGAAAGACAAACACGAGCGGAAUGUGAAAAGUUUUUCCCCAAAAAGAGAGAGAGAGUGUAAGGCCAAAAUUAAUAUCGAAAAUAGCAGAAAACAGCAGCUGUAGAGAGCCGGCGGGGGCGGAUAACAAAGCCAUGAAGUUUCGUUUGGCAUCAUUUUGGCUAUUUCUGCUGACAGUUGGCGGCUAUCGCCAGCAAUUAAGCCACCUUUUCGCGGGGGGCGUGGCCACAUCCGAAAAGCAGCUGCACAAAGGAAAUGAACUGGAAAACGCAAUGAAAUUGCGUGAAACCUCAAAGCAAACACGGGUUAUCGGGGACAUCACAACGACAAUUCAGCCGGAUCCGGGCAGAUCAAUUGGCCAUCAGGCGGUAGUGCGACGUGCCAAGGCCCCGGCAACCAAUUUGGAGCUGCAUUUGAGGCAGAGCAUGAGCAAGCUGUUCGCCGAUGAUGCAACCACCCAUGGACAGCAACCCAAUGGCACUGACAAACCCACGGCCGCAGUUUUGGCCACCGAUGACAGCCGCGGCGAGGCGUCGACCACCCAUCACCCGGGGCGACGACAUGUGGUCCCCGAUAAGCUGCAGUACACCCAGGAGAUCCAGGUGAAGCAGGGUCGCCUCAUGGGCAUCACACGUCGCUUCCAGGUGACCAGCGGACUGCGGCAGGUGGACCAGUUCCUGGGACUGCCCUACGCGGAGGCGCCCACGGGCAAUCGGCGCUUUAUGCCACCAGGUGCCCCCUUGCCCUGGCAGGGCUUGAAGAUAGCACGCCAUCUUCCUCCGGUUUGCCCGCAAAAGUUGCCGGACCUCUCGCCCCAUGGCAGUGAGAACAUGUCCCGUGGUCGUCAUAAGCACUUGAGUCGCCUCCUGCCCUAUCUUCGAACAGAGAGCGAGGACUGUCUGUAUCUCAAUCUGUAUGUGCCACAUGAAGAGCCUCAGAGUACUCCCAAGCAAUAUGCAGUACUUGUGUAUCUCCAUGGGGAGUCCUUCGAGUGGAACAGUGGCAAUCCCUAUGAUGGCUCUGUCCUGUCCAGUUACGGAGAGGUGAUUGUGGUAACCGUCAACUACAGAUUGGGAGUGCUGGGAUUCCUGCGGCCCAGCAUCGAUGCGCACAACAUAGCAAAUUACGCCCUGCUCGAUCAGAUUGCGGCGUUACAUUGGAUCAAGGAGAACAUUGGUGCCUUCGGCGGCGACAACUCGCGUGUCACUUUAAUGGGCCACAGUACUGGGGCGGCGUGUGUCAAUUAUCUAAUGGUAUCACCGGUGGCCUCAGGCCUCUUCCACCGGGCCAUCCUGAUGUCCGGAUCCGCGAUGUCCGACUGGGCCGCCAGCAAUCAGUCGCUGCAAUUGACCAUGCAAAUCGCCCAUGCCCUCGACUGUCCACUCAAUGACCACGUCGAGGCGGAGGACGAUGAUGUCCUGCUCGAUUGUUUGCGCCACCGUCGCUACCAGGAUAUCUUGCACAUACCAACGGCGCUCACACAAUUUUCAACAUCAUUGGGUCCAAUUGUCGAUGGACAUGUAAUACCAAAUCAACCGUACAAGGUCAUGGGGCAUUAUACGGAGCACUUCAGUCGUUAUGAUUUAUUAUUCGGCAUCACGGAGUCAGAAUCCUAUCACACACUGGCCGCAUUAGCACUCGAGGAAGGAUUACGUGAAAAUGAACGCGAUAAUUUAUUGCGCUUCUAUAUGCAGAGCCGCUUUGAUGUACGCCCCGAUUUGGCAUUGGCUGCCACGCUGAAGAAAUACCAGGACAUGUACAACAAUCCGAUUAAGGCCACUAAUUUGGAGCAUCGCGACGUGGUCCUGGACAUACUGUCCGAUGCUCGAGUGGUGGGUCCACUACUGCAGACGGGGAUGUUCCACGCGGAUGUCAAUCGGCGCAAUUAUAUGUACGUAUUUGGCCAUAACAGCGCGACGGGACCGUUUGCCCACUUACCGCAUAGCAUUAUGGGCGAGGAAUUGGCGUUUAUCUUCGGUGCUCCUUUGGCCCCCGCAGGUCCUUUUCCCACUGGCAACUACACGGUGCAGGAAAAGCUGCUUUCCGAGGCGGUAAUGGCAUAUUGGACGAAUUUCGUAAAGACCGGUAAUCCCAAGGCUCCCUGGAAGGGCAUCUUCCUCAAUUCACAUGCCCUCGAAUGGGAUCGCUACGACUUGGACUGGCCGGAGUUUAAUAGGAGGGCUCAGGCGUAUCUUAAUAUUGGCAUUCCACCAACUGUGGGCUACAAGUACCGUCACAUUUACAUGAAUUUCUGGAACAAAGAGCUUCCGGACGAACUGAACCAGAUUGCCGCCAUUCAGGAGCAGCUGCAUGGACCAAGUCAAGAGGUGAUUACGGGUCACAUGAGCAAGUACGGGCCAAGGGACCACGGGGCAGAUGACCCUGUGAGGACAUUGAAGCUCCUUCUUCAGGAACCCAGUCUGGCUGGUCCGACUCAGAGUGGUGAAUCCACGGAAACGGCUGCGGAGAAUAUGUACAAUGCUCCACCAACUUUUGGUCAUGUCCACAAGAUGCAGGGUGGCAGUGAAUUCGAGGACUUGGUGACCUCCACAAAUCCUUUAGAUAGCGGAGAGGAACAGCAGCAGGCGCCUCCUGAGACGGUGGCCAAAUCGGAGGCUAUAAUGCAACUCCUGAUCGCCCUGAUAGCCAUUAUAAUAGCUCUUAAUGUGCUGAUUUAUUUAACCUUCUUAUUGCGUCAACGUCGUCGGAGGGCUAAGGCUUUACCAUUCCCCGCUCCCAAAUUGGGCGGAACUAUCCUCAGCUACGAUGGUGCUAAUGAUGAAGAGCUAAAGAGGUGCAGCAAGUCCCGAGAUGGAGAUGAAAGUUUUGUUCUAGAGAUGACCAGGAAAUCAAACACUUAUGAAGCCAUCAAAACGGGUCAAAGGUCGCUCAGUUGCUCCACAGUGGACACGCAUACGAAAGUUUGCGAGUGGAUGUCGGGACAGGAGGCGCCGAAAUCGGGAAGUUUUAAUACAGCCACACCACCUCCUCAACCGAUUUUAUCCGAUGGCAGGCUAAUCAUAUGCCAGGAUAUAGAAGUGGCCGAUGCAGCCCUACUUAUCCCCCAACAUAUGCAUGAACCGCAGCACUAUGAGAUGCUACUACAGAGACAGCAUUCAGCCUUAACGGAACCCAGUGAUGACAUCCUCCAACAGCAAUAUCCGAUGAGAAACCACACGCACUCCCAUUCGGAUCCGGUAGAUAUGAUCUUGGCUGCUGACGAGCAGGUCACCAGUUUUGUGCACGCUGACGAUGUGGAUAUUAAUGUCACCAGUAGAGAGGAUUCCGAUGGUUUGGAGGUCAUUCCUUUGACGGCUGCCCAGCAAUUGGAGCUCUUGCGGCAGCGUAACUAUCCCAAGGUUCUGCCCACAGAGCAGGAUUUAAUUAACAGCAGUUAUAAGCGGAAUUCCCUGCCACCGCAGAACUUCAGCGCUCCCCUGCCGCCCCCGAGGACCAUAAGCAACACGUUGGGCAGGAGGCGCAGGGACAGCAGCAACAUAACCACUUCGCCACUCCAAGUGGCCAGGGAUUGUGAAGCCGAAGAUGAGGACCAGAAGGAGCCUCAAAUCUCGCAGAACACCCUCAUCGUUGGACCCAUUGUGCCUAAGUCACCAGCCUCCAGUCUUAAACGAGUGAAAAGAAUGACGGAGUCAACGGCGAUGACGGCACUGAGCGGAUCUUUUCAAUCCUUCGAGUCGGUGCCGCCGGCCCAUGAGGCCACACCCCCUCAGGGCGAGCGGACCGAGUGCAUUUACGCAAUUAAGGCCAGUCCUGGAAGUUGCAACUGGGCGGCGCCCAACGGCGAUUUGUAUGCACAGCCCAUGAAAUCGCCCUCGAGGACCUCGCUUAUUCCCAGGCCUACAAAGCAGGUGGAAUCCCAAUCCCAAGCCCAAUCCCAAUCCCUGCCAGGCGGUGAAGCUGGGGAUUCUCCUGGAGCAAUGGCACCGACCACGUCAAGCCGCAUACCUCAAUUGCAGCGUCAGGCUUCCGGCAAGGAUUUGCAAACAACAACAGCAUCAGAAAAUACCGCAAAUCCCUUGGGAUGCCAGCAGAGAACCGAUUCCACAAUAUCAUCGGGCUCGUCGGCAUCCAAUGGCUCGACCACAGACUCCUACUCCUCCUCCUCGUCCUCGUCCACUGGAACCGUACGCACCGAGCUGCAGCAGUUCCAGCCGCUACCCGGCAGAAGUAUUACGACCAAUAUAUAGAAGCAUCAGGGAGGAGCGGCUGCCAAGAAGUCCUUCAGGACUUCCCGUCGUGCCCGCAAUGCGGCGACAGACAGCUGCCUGCCAAGUCCUCUCCAAUCGCUGUCCGCAUCCCAACCCUCUCCGGUUUCCUUUUCUUUGGUCUGGAAUUUUAUGGGUCCUGCGUAAAUUUAAUAAUACAUUUUGGUGUAAAGUUUAUCUUUGACUUGGCGGCAUUGCUCGUGGUUAGAACUCCGACUGCUGGCCUUCUGGCUUUUCUGCGAGCAAACUUUCUGCCAGCGUAAAUUAGUUAAGAAAAUUGCAGUGGAGGUUUCCCUGGAGAUUGCACUGAAGGUUGGCCGUAUCGAUAUAAGCAGCGAUUCCCGUAAGGGAAACUAAUUUCGCAGAGAAUAUUGCAUAAAUAAAGUCGCUUUAGCAAGUUGCUUGGAAUUAUUUACAAAACAUAUUAAAGAGUUUGAUGUACAUUUUCUCAAACUUACGCAAUAGAAAUGAAAAUUAUUUAUAAGUCAACCGAAAGGAUUUACCUAGCUUGUAUAUAGUUCAAAAGUAGUAAGUCUAAAUGAGUACCAGUUUUUCCCCAAGGAAAGAAUUUUAAAGUUUUAAGGAAAAUAUAUAACGUUUAAAAAGUCUACACCUAGAGAUAGCAGAGACACAAUCUAUUUACUUUAUUUUAUUUCGUAGAAUACUGAAAAUAAGCCUAUAAUAGCCACAGUAUUUAAAACAAAUCGUUAAAUAAUUACUGUAAGUAAAUGACAUAAAACUAAAGCAUAACAAACAAGGGACACCACUAAAUGAAUUUUGAAAAAUACGCAAAUCCCAAUGUCAAGUAUUAUAAGCUAUGUGUUUGUAUUUUACUUUAUUUUCUUCAUUAAGUUAACCAUAAGCUAACAUAUGAACAUGAACCUAUUCUUGGAAAUAUAGUGAACCGAAAACGAUGAAAGCAA